GGGGGCUGAGCCAUGCUGUCCGCCGCUGUUCAAAUCCUGGCGUUCGCCCUGGCACUCCUGGGUGUCCUCGGUGCCACCGUGGCCACUUUGAUGCCCAACUGGAAGGUGAGCAUCAACGUGUGGACCAGCAUCAUGACCCCAAUCUCGCAGAUGCAGGGUCUGUGGAUGGACUGUGUGUGGUACAGCUCUGGCGUCUUCAGCUGCACCAUGAAGAACUCGGUGCUGUCGCUGCCGCCGCACCUGCAGGCUAUGCGGGCCGGCAUGGUCCUGUCCUGCAUAGUUGCAUUGUUUGGACUUUGUCUCGCCACGUUGGGGCUCAAAUGUACCCGCUGGGGGGGCAGCCACCGAGCAAAGGGGCACACAGCAAUUACUGCAGGGGGCUGCUUCAUCCUGGCCAGCCUCCUCUGCCUCGUCCCCGCGUCCUGGUUCACCAACGAAGUCAUCACCGCCUUCCUGACCACAGACCUGCCGGACAGCAGUAAAUAUCAACCCGGUGGAGCUCUGUGUGUGACGUUUAUCUCUGCUGGAUUCCUCCUGGCUGGGGGGGUCAUUUUCUGUUUGUCGUGUCCUGGAAAAAGAACAAGACGACCAGAUCGCGCUUCCCCCGCCGAUCCUGACAGAUUUGCGUUGUACUCAGAUGAGCAGAGGAGGCGGGGGCUGCAAGCGGAGCACAAGCAGCCGAAAAACAGAAACAAAACAGUCCAGCUGCAGAUGGACAGGGUGAAGCAGGAGAAAGCUCUGCAGGAGAAACCAACGCUGGAUCAGGAGCAGAAGCGCCACUCGUCUCCAUCCAAACUCCCUCAAAAAGACAUCAAGGACAGCUACAGCCUCCAGGAGUACGUUUAA